AAUAAUUUUUUGUUAACAAAAAUGCAAUUAUUCCUUUCUCUUUUAAUUUUAAAAAUUAGCAGCACUUUCCUUUUAAUUUCUGCUAAUUCAAUUGUUCGUCUAAGAAGUUUAAAAAUUUCUGGAAAUAAUAAAAAUAAUAUUGAUGGAAUUGAAAAUUGUUUGUCAGAAUUAAAAACUAGAAUUUGUGAUCCCGAUAAUAUUUUAAAUUAUGAACAAUUAGACAGAAUUAAUGAAGCAUUAAUUGAAUUGGAACAGUCAACUAAUGUUACUUUUUAUCCGGCUCCACCACUUUGGGAAUUUGAAAAUGCAGCAAAAUGUCCAUCUUCUGGCUUAGCCCUUUCAUUAAUUAUUGUUAAAAAAUUAGAACAACCAGAUUUGGCUACAAAAAGAAUUUCUGAUUUACACAAAAAAUGGACAGAAUUACACCCUUGUUCUAAAACAGCAAUUGUUUUGGCUGAAUUAAAUACAAACAAAAAAGAAUUAAAUGACGGCCAAUUACGUAGAAGGUCCCCUGAGGCUUUGAAUGAUGCUCUCUCUAAUACUUUGCUUCGUGAUCCAAAAAUCCGUUUUUCUAAUAAGCCAAUAAUGGUUGGGGCACAAUUUAUUGGGAUUAGUAGUGCUAAUUCUGAUGUUCCUUCUCUUGAAUUGGCACAACAUUAUUUUAGACAGAGUCGUUUCUUAAAUGAAGGUCAAGUAACAGAAGCAAUUGAAGGAAUGGUUGGCGAUUUAAGAAAAAAUAUGAUGUUGAGAAUGUAGAGAUAAUAAAAAAAAGAAAAAAUAGAAGAAAAUAAGCCAAAUUGGCUAAAAAUAUUUUUUAAAUUAAUUUAAUAGUUUUUUUUGUUUUUUUGUGAUCUCUUUAUAUGAUUUAGCUACAAAUUGUGGCUGCAUUUUAUUUUGUGUUAUUAUUUAUAUUUUAUUUCUUAACGAUGUCUAAAUAUUUGACAUUAAAUAAAUGUUUCUUUUUGUUAUUUUUGAAUUACAUUUAAAAAUCAAAAUAUUGAAAAAGUAAAGGAGCUCAAAUACUUAGUUUAUGAGUGAGUUUGAGAGUUUUAAAGAAAUUAUUUGCAUCGGGAACUAUGUAUGUAUGUGGGAGAUCAAUGGAUUUUUUGUUACUUUGUAUCAUAUGUAUUGUAGGAAGCAUCUGCUUGUGAUGAGCGAGGCCUCUAGCGAAUUCAACAAGCACACGAUGGGAUUAGGCCAGUCUACGGCAUUUCUUCUGCAGCAACAA